AUGAGCGAUACCUUCACCCAAGAUGAUCAGCGUCUGAGACCAGUCCCACUUGAUCGAUAUCCAUGGACAUCCCUUCCCAUCUCCGAUUCGAAAGAAGAUAUAGUGAAAGUCUCCGUCAUACCCACUUCAACGUUGACUGCACCAGUUAAGGAGUUUUCAGCGUUUGCAAAGGGAGAUGAGAGAGAGGACUCGCCGUGUUGGAGUUUCUUGAUUGAAAAGGGCGAUCAAGCUAUUCUUUGGGAUAUGGGUCUAAGGGAGGACCCUCAAAAUGCCCCAAAACCGAUCGUGGAUGGCCCCUUGAAAGAAUUCAUACCUCACCCAGGCCCGGGUCCCGUAUCUCGACUGAAAGAACAUGGAUUCGAUUUUCGAAAGCUGAAGCUAGUGGUAUUCAGUCAUCAGCAUUUCGAUCAUACACUACCUUCGCCCGCACCAUUCAUCUUGCUCGGUCCUGGAUCUUUAGAAUCGAUGCAACCUGGGUUUCCAAAAGAUGUCAAUUCCGCUUGGCCUGCGUCUUGGCUCAAAAAAUACCAUUUCGUAGAAUUACCAGAUAAAGAUACGACUGGAUUAUGGACUAGCGAAGUAGGUAGUCUGCCUCCUACUUCAACAUCUGGGAUUCAGAGAAAGUGGGAAAAAGUUGGAUGCUUCGAUAGAGGUGUAGAUUGGUUCGGUGAUGGUAGUUUAUGGUUCCUUGAUGCACCUGGUCACUGUCCCGGUCAUAUAAUGGCUCUGUGUAGAGUCACUGCGCAACCUGACACUUAUAUGCUGUUGGGAGGAGACGCAUCUCACCAUCAAUCCCUGUAUCUACCUGUGCCAACCAAGGAAGAAGACUUGCGGUCACCCAUACCAGUCAUAGAUGGUAAACCACAACUCACCUUAGACCCAGAGCUAGCGACUUAUACGAUUGGUCAACUGACUAGAAUGAGCAAGGAGGAUAAAGUCAUGGUCAUCUUGGCUCAUGAGGGGCAGGUAGACGGGGUCGUCGAUAAGUAUCCUGGUGAUUUAAGUAUGUGGAAAUACAGAGGAUGGAAAGAGAAAAAAGAGGAAGAAGUGAUCAAACUAGCAAAAGCCCGAAAGACAGGGCAAUAA